AUGGCCCUCCCAGUCUCUGUGCUGCUGGCCCUGGUGAUGCUGUGCUCCAGAAUCGCUUGCUCUCUGGGCUGUGAGCUACCUCAGAGCCAUGACAAUCCAGAAAUCUUUACACUUUUGAGACAAAUGGGAAGACUCUCCAUUCUGUCCUGUCUGAAGGACAGGACUGACUUCAGAUUUCCUCGGACACUUGUGGAUGGAAACCAGGUUGAGAAAACACAAGCCGUGGCUGUUGCGCACGAGAUGCUCCAGCAGAUCUUCCGCCUCUUCAGCACAAGGGGCUCUCCUUCAUCUUGGGAUGAAACUCUCCUGAUCAAAUUCCUUUCUGGACUUUAUCAACAGCUGGAUGACCUGGAGAAGUGUUUGAGGGAGGGAAAGAAAGUGGAGCAGUCACCCCCAGGAGGUGAGAACUCCAUACUGGCUGUGAAGACGUACUUCCAAGGAAUCAGUCUGUAUCUGAAAGAGAAAGAAUACAGCCACUGUGCCUGGGAGGUUGUCAGGGUGGAAACCAGAAAGUGCUUGCUCUUCAUUAACAACCUCGUAGGAAAACUCAAGAAAUGA